CUUCUGUCUCAUUUUACGUAAUCCAAUCAUCUCGCACUCCUGCAUCUCACACUCAGUCUUCAGGAGUAAUUGAAAAGCUCACGGUGACAAUUGUGUCUUCUUCCAGAUGUUGUCGAUAUAAGGAGUGUGGCUUUCAACUUCCCCUUGACGAGGGAUGUGUACAUGGCUCUCCGGGUCAGAGUUGCUCCAAGCAAGGUUGUUUUGCAGAACCUUCUUAUGUGUGUCAUCCUCUUCUAUGCUGUGUACUACGCUGUUCUGGGCAUGGGAUGCAUGACGCUCAAGGUGUCUGAGUUGGACGUCUUGGCCCCAUUUGAUUUCAAAACGAAUCCCUCAUGGCUCAACACAAAUUAUAAAGUUCUUUUAGUCUCAACAGAGGUCACCUACUUUGUUUGUGGAUUGCUUUUCGUUCUGGUGGUGGAAGAAUGGGUUUGGGAUUACGCUAUUUCAGUCACCAUUCUUCAUGUUGCCGUCACUUCAACUGUUAUGUUGGAAUUCCCCUUGACGUCACAUUGGUGGGCUGCUUUAGGUAUAUAUAUAUGA